UCUAGUGGGUGUGAAAAGUCUGAGAAUUUUUUCUUAUAGAGUAAAGCUCUUCAAAACAUUAAAUGUGCUCAUUUUGAUGAUUAAUGUUCAAAUCUUGAAAUAAUAAUAAUAAAAAAAAGAGCCAAAAUCUGCGAGUUGUGAUCGGAGAAGUGCAGAGAGGCGUCACGUGGUUUGGGUCAGUGACAGCGCAAACCCUUGGAGCCGGGUGCGCACGUGGGUGACGAUGCAGGGCCAACCCCUCUUCGGGGUCCCUUUUGUUGAACCAUCAAACAUAAGCACCUUUGGAGAUCCCGAGGGCUUCACAUGAGAAACGGCCGUCGUCCCGCGCUCUGGUACGAUCUCUCCUCUACGGCGCAGCCAUGUCCAGGUCCUUCUACGUCGACUCCUUGAUCAUCAAGGACGCGGUGCGACCUGGCGCGGCCGAGCAUCCGGCGCAGGACUUUCUGCUCCCCAUCAACGUGCACUCCCCGAGCGUAAUGACGGUCGCUGCGCCGGUGUGUCCCUCCAGGAAGAACGGCACGUUCUGCGUGUGCCCGCUGUGCGUCACGUCGCACAUCCAGUCUUCGCGCGGUGGCAUCCCGAUCCUGAAGAGCCAGUUUCCAGGUGUGGAGGCGCAGUUCUGUCAACGGAUAGCGCAGCAGCAGCCUUCUGCGCUGGCGCAUCCUGGACACGCGUCUGUCUGCACGCCCACCUUCGGCGUCACGGAUCCCAGGAGAUACCACUGCCUUUCUAUUGGAAGCUCCUCCGAGAACAGCCACAUACAGAACGGCAAAAGGAUGCGCACGGCUUUCACCAGCACGCAACUUCUGGAACUCGAGCGGGAGUUCUCCACGAACAUGUACCUGUCCAGACUCAGACGCAUCGAGAUCGCCACGUAUCUGAACUUGACGGAGAAGCAGGUGAAAAUCUGGUUUCAGAACCGCAGGGUGAAGCACAAGAAGGAAGGAAAAGCCACGCAGAGGAGCGCGCACGGCGGCUGCAAGUGCGCCGGAGCUCACACGAACUAUUCCAGGUCGGAGGACGAGGAGUCCUUAUCUCCUGCCUCCGCCUCGGAGGAGAAAGAGGUGUCGCCGAUUUAAGAGGCGCUCAGACUCCCUUCCGAAGUCCCGUCCGGUUCGCUGGCACUCGCUCUGCCCCGCACGCUGCAGUUGGCAUCACCGAAAAGUUGAGGCUCAUUUUCCUGCAUGAAGUUUGUUCACCUGAAACAAGAAACGAUGUGAAUUUAUGUCAGUGAAAAAUUAAAAGCACAUACAAUUGUCAUCUUUUUCUGGAGGGGGGGGGGUGGGGGGGUUACAUGUUCGGUUCCCGUUGUUGAUUAACCUAAAUGAAAAAAAAAUGUCGUGAAUGUUCUGUCAGUGCAGCUAUUCGAUCAUAGAACAUUAAACCCCUCUUGGAAAUAGUUCAGGUCUGAAGUGUAGACCUGCGGCCUGCAGCCAUGUGUAAACAGUGUGUAAAUGUGUAUUUAUUGUAAUAAACACGA